GGCGAUUCCACAUUCCGUUUAUAUGAACUGAUUGCACGCCCACCAUAUGUGAUAUAUUUAACUGAAUGUCAGCAACAAGCGCCACACACGUGUAUUUGUACGAUAUCGAAACGAGCUCUUAAUUUAACCGGUGCAGAAGUGAUGCGGGUAUACAGGUUAUAUCCGCAGUCGUUACUUAUUCAACCACUUUCGUUCAUUGUUCCAAGACGAUCUGACCAGUUCCAUCCGGAUUUGUAUCCUCCCACAAGAGGACCAACUCCAGCCGUUUCUUUAGCUGAAUGGCGUGCAGGCCUGGAUGCAGCACCCGUACAGCUACAGCUUCGCCCUGGUCAAUUGACAACGACUUCGAAACCAGUGCGAUUGCGAGGACGUUCGGGCAGUCCAAAAUUGAUCACUUCAGACCUGAACAACGAUAUGAAGUUUAGAUUUCUUUCUCAGGUUACGAAGCCGGAUUAUCGUUCUGUUGAUGAACGGGAAGACUGUGAAGAGAUCAUCAAGCUGAUUGAAGUGAAACAGAAGGUUCAGGAAUGUCGAAUGAGC